GGCCAGACAAUGCGCUGGGCUGGCGCUGGUUGGGCGGCUGCUGCACUCGGUGGCGGGCGAGGCGGACGCGUCCCGGGGUCCCCCCCGCUUGGCGCAGCCGGAUCGGGGGGGUCGCUGGCAGGAAACCGCCCCCGCAGCAGCCCCGGGGCAUUCUGGGGCGGGGGCCCCCGGCGAGAGAGACCCCCCCAAACCCAGCGCCGCCCGGACCCUGCUGGGAGGUCCUGGCGGAUGGACUCUCGUUUGUGUGGACACAAUAAAUAGUUUUUUUUCUCCCCAAAUUCCUGGAAAGGGGGAGGGAAUUUUUAUUUUUAUACCGUCUGGAGCGAGCGAGAUUUACAAAGAGGCAAAGAAUUUCCCCUGGCGUCAGGGACUCUGGGAUGAAGAUUGUUUGAGCAGAGAACUUGAGAGAACCCAGGUGUCCUGAUUCCCAGCUCCCCCCCCCCACUCCAACCCACUCCCCUCGCUCGGGAUUUGAUCCACGGAUUGGCAGUCGGAUUUAACCGAGGAAGAAACCGCAUCGAUCUGGUGCUGGAGGAAACAAAUUGGUUCCAAAGGGAAGUUGACUGACCAAUGUCGUGCCCGGGAGGAAGUUAACAGGGGAACUGGCUCUUGGAAGAAAUGGAUCAACGCGGUGCCGAGAGGGGGCACUGAGCCGAGGAGAAAUUGCGUGGCCAAUUGCUUGCUUGGGUCGCUAAUGCUAAGGAGCGAUCGAUUGGGGUAAUGGAUCAGCUGGUGGGAGAAGCAGUCCCCAGGGGAAAUUGAUUGGCCGGUGGCCACAGGUCAGGAAGAGAGAAAGGGGAAGAAAUUGAUUGGAGAUCUGGGGCUGGAGACGCUCUCGAUUGGAUAAUUGGGGCUUGCCCGGAACCAGAAGGGAUUGGCGGAGGGAUGCGAUAUUGACCGGAAGAUGGAUGGAAUUGAUCAGCUGUCUGGGGAGUUGGUGCCCAGGGCGUGAAAUUGAUCAGAGGAAACUGACUCAUUGAGUGGGAAACUGGUCGGUUUCAGGGAGAACCGGAGGGAUCUGCCUUUGGUCGAGUGAUCGGGAGUCGUUGAUCGGCCGGUGAGAGGGGAGAUCCGCCGGCCGAUUGGAGACCCGUGCGGGGAUCGAUCGGUCUCUGCGCCUGGCGUGGACAUUGCCCCGCUUGGGGCAGGGGUGAGCUCCCAGCCAUGGCUGGUCCCUCCUCCUUCGGCAGAUACACCCACGCCAUCGUCCGCAGCGUCCCGGACUCGCUGGGCGCCCGGCCUGCCGGGGAUGGGGCGGGCCCGGCCGAGCCGGUGGACCUGGCCAAGGCGCACCGGCAGUACGGGGUCUACACCGGGAUUCUUCGGCAGAAGCUGGGGCUGCAGGUGAUCGAGUUGGUGGCCGACGAGGGGCUGCCCUGCUCCGUGCUGGUGGAGGACGCGGCCGUGAUCCAGGGCGAUACGGCGCUCGUCACCCGGCCCUGGGAGCCGACGCGGCGGGGAGAGAUCAGUAGCAUCAAGAAGGUCCUGGAGGAGCUGAAGAUGCGGGUGGUGGAGGUGACGGAUGACGGGGCCACCUUGGACGGCAGCGACGUGCUCUUCACAGGUCGAGAGUUCUUUGUGGGCAUCUCCAAAUGGACCAAUCACCGAGGGGCGGAGGCGGUGGCGGAUGCUUUUCGGGAUUUUGCUGUCUCUACGGUCCCUGUGGCGGGCUCCUCCCAUCUGAAGAGUUUCUGUAGCAUGGCUGGACCGGACACAGUUGUCAUCGGAAGCAGUGAGGCUGCCAAGAAAGCCAUGAGGACCAUGGAGCAGCUGACCGAUCACCACUAUGACACACUGACAGUGCCGGACGACCCUGCCGGGAACUGCAUCUACGUGCGCCUGGGGCCCAAGGGCAGCGCCCUGCUCCACCGCAGCCCCGAGGAGUUCCCCAACAGCCUACAGCCGUUCCAGAAGCUGUCCGACCUCACCCUGAUCCCCGCCGCCUGCAGCGAGAUUGCCAAGCUGGGGGGAGCCCUCAGCUCCUGCUCCCUUCUCAUCAACAAGAAGCUCGACCGCUAGUGCCUCCAGCUCCCCCCCCCAGCUACAUGGGGGAGCCCCUGACCCCCCAUCCUCCCUGUGCGCCCCAUGUCUUACCCAGCCUAUGCCCUGCACCCCAAACCUCAGGGCGCCCCUCAACUUGCUGCCCCCCAUCUGGGAAGUGGCAAUCACCCUUCCCCCUAUUGCCCCCCCCACCUGCCUGGAAAGUGGGGUCCCCCAACCCCCCAGAAGCCUCCCCUGAGACCCAGCCCGGGGGCAUAUUUGGAACCUCCCACAUCACGUGUUGUGGACCCUGAAAAUAAUGGGGUCCUGCCUUCUUGGGAGGUGGAGAGCAGGGGGUCUGGGCACCCCAUUAGCAGGAGAGGGUGGAAGGCCCAUUGGGUGGGGCCCCCCAAAUUAUUGGGGUCCCUUGGUUCCUUCUCUGGGAGAGGCAACAGUGGGUGCAACCAAUCUAUACUUAGUAGGUGGCCUGGGGAGGGAGGUCUUAGAGCCCAUCCCCGUUUGGGGAACCUAGCUAUGUCCGGCUGGGAUAGUGGAGGGUUUGGGGACCCUGAUUUAUCAUGUCACCAUGGGGGGGAGGUUUGGGGGACACCAGCAUGUUAUACCACACAAUGGGGACCCCAAUAUUGAAGCCAGGGCAUUGGAGGACCCCGAUACCUGAGAUCCCUGAAUUAGGGGGGGCAUUUCACUUAGGAUCUUCCAGCCCCCCUGCUGCCCCCCCGCCAUUCAUCCACUAAUCUAUGGUGCUGGUGUUUUGGGGGUAACUCCUCUCACCCCCUUGAAACACAACUUGCUCCCCACUGCCACACCCCCAUAGCACGACCCCUUCCCCUGUUAGCUGUAACAACUGUGGGUCCUUGGGGCUGAUAAUUGGUGGCAGCACUGGGAUACCAGGCUGGAUAGGUCUGCUGUGGGGCAGCUGGGGAUCCCAGACCUUUAGCUAUGUAAGGGUGACUGCCCCCCCAAAGACAGGGGUGCCUUGUGUGUGUGUGUUAGAGUAGUUAGGGGGGCUUCUAGGAGCCCCCUGUGAUGUGGAGUAGGAGCGCCCCCUAGGGCAGAGCCAGGGUGUUGAUCCAGAGGGAGGGGGUGUUUGGCUUCUCACUGCCUCUGAGAUCCUUGACACAAUAAAGAAUUGAACCAA